UAAAGGAACAUCAUCGGUUAUUAUUAAUUGUAUGCACGAGUCCGCAAUCAGUGAUAUCGGCAGUGUAAUGAACUUAAGUUUACUUCCGGUGUUUUCGUGAUGUAUGGUGAUUAGUUCGACUUGAUAAAACAGCGGGAUGGCGAACCCUACGAUCGGGUCGUCAUUUGACCAGAAUGACAUGACCAGCUGGUACUUCGGCGGCCUGUCUCGAGCGGAGGCCACAAAGCUACUCCUAAAAGAAUCAGAAAGCGGUGUCUUCCUCGUCAGGGACUCGAAAACUAUUCAUGGAGAUUACGUUUUAUGUGUCCGAGAAGACGACCGAGUAUCCCACUACAUAAUCAACCGCGUUGUCUCACCGGAUGGUACCACUCGGUUCAGAAUCGGCAAUCAGCUAUUCGCCGAUAUGCCGGCUCUGCUAGCGUUCUACAGGUUGCACUACUUGGACACGACACCACUCGUGCGACCACUUCCUCAGGCAACCGCUCAAGCUGCGCCAACAGCGCAACCACACUUGUACCAUGUUCUGGAGGUCGUUAUUGCGAAGUUCGAUUUCGAUGGUAGUGAUGCAGACGACCUGCCGUUCCGGCGCGGCGAGCAGCUGAUGGUGAUCAACCGCGACGAGGAGCAGUGGUGGACGGCGCGCAACGCGCUCGGCCGCACCGGCUCCAUCCCCGUGCCUUACGUGCAGAGGAUUCUCGACCCAUCUGGAGUGCCAUACCCACCUAAUGAGGCGAUGAGCCAGUUUGGUGACCCCCCCAGUCCACCCAACAACAAACAACCACAAAAAGGAACAAAUAUGCAGAGGACACUGCCAGCGCUGGCGCGUGUCCGGCAGUCGCGGGUGCCCAACGCGUACGACAAAACUGCGCUUAAACUGCAGGAGGGAGACAUACUCAAGGUGACGAAAAUGAACAUAAACGGUCAGUGGGAGGGCGAGCUAAACGGGAAAGUCGGACACUUUCCGUUCACGUACGUUGAGUUCCUCGACGACGUGACCAGCUAAAUGUGCGACAAAAGUGUUACGAGUGUAAUUUAUAAAAUAAAUUAUAAAAGAGUGUUUACAAA